AUGCUGUUUGUAAUUCCAGAAUCACCUUCAAGUUCAUCCUUUUCGUCAACUGGACCUGUUGCUCCACCCACAGAUGCACAUGGACCACAUGAUAUAGAAUACGCCUUGCCGAAAACCAACUUGAUAGGCAGUGUUGACGGUGCGGUUAUGUCACAUAAGGAAGUUUGUAGGCCGUGCGAAUCCGAUUCCACACCUACAAACUCUGCACCUGCUACACUUGCACCAAUUGCACCACUUCCAUCACUGUCUGCUCCUAUACCACUUCCACCAUUACCUGCACCAACUGCACCAGAACCGCCAGUGCCUGAUUCUGCUUCAGUCCCACUAGGGACAACUCAGUCAGCAGCACCUUCAACUCCCGAACAUGUUCCCUUGCAUCCAGCACCAUACCAACAGCCAAACCCAGACCCAGGAUCGGUGCUCCUUGAAAUUCCACCUUCUCCUGUGGUAGCAGAACCAGCACCGGAACCAGUAACAGUCAGAACCACCGAGAUCAAGGUGGAACCAGCAGUUAUGCCAGGUUCAAACGAACUUGAAGAACCUGCUCCUGCCCCUAUAUCAUCUGCUGACAAUUCCGCCUCAUCUGAAUCUGUGGUUCUGCCUGAUAUUACUAAAUCUGGCCCAAACAGCUCCGUACCCGAAACACCAGCACAAGCAUCAGAAUCAGUGCAUGAGUCUAACAAAGAAGAUGGCAGCGAAGAGAAUAGCAGCAGUGAAGAAUGUGAGAAUUUUGUUGUUCCAGAAUCCCUUGGGUUUUCAAAUGCAGGCGUGUAG